AUGUCUCCAGCAGGUAACAGUAUUUCCGCUAACCCCCCAGGCCCAGCAGACCCCCAUCUAAGCCGCUUAUACAAGGAAGCUAGCACCAGCCGGUGGCAACUCGAAGGCCUCUUCAAGACAUUCUUGGAGGGCAGACCGGCUGAUACCAUUCUUGCCGUUCAAGAACGCCGCCUUCUCAUUUCCUGGGACCUCAAGGGCAUCCAUUACCUGAGGGUCUGCUUGAGGACAUGGAUUCAGGACAAGGUCCCCGGCGACGCCAUUGGUGCGUUCCUUGUGAAAGUCUUGUACGAACAAGACUUUCAUCUGGAUUACUUACUGACCAUGAUGGUUCGGGAUGGAGAAACCCAGCUACACAUCGCUCGUCGUCUGUUGACAUUCUACCAAAUCCGCGACGAAGUAGGCGCCCCGAUCUGGGAUAAUGUCACCGUCUAUGCCGAAGACGCUCACAGGAAUCCACCAGCUAUCCAGAGAAAGAACGUUGCUGGAAGCUCCGGUAUUACCAGGAAGGAGCUUCCACAUCGCAUUCCUACGCCGCCACCUGCUGCUCCGAGAUGGCCCCUCUUCAUGAGCGGGCUUAGCGACCCGGAGAUCGAAGACAUCAUGGACAAGCUAGGCGAUGAUCAUCACCCAGACGAAGAAGAUCUGCCCCCCUUGUUCGCAGGUGUGAGUGAGGAAGACUUCCCCAUCAUCCAGGCGUUCCGGAGAUUCAACCUGCACAAGAAUGAUUCUUCCCAGGACCAUCCUCUGUCUGAGGAUACAUCGAAGAAGACUAACACAUCACAGGAUAAGCCUCUCCCAACCCUGCCCACUGACAAGGCUAUUCCCCGUAAAGCCCUCCCCCUCCCGCCCCUUUCACGUCCCUCAAGCCCAAAUUCCUCAUCUGUGCGUGUGUCGACUUUCAAAGCAGAGAAGAAGUAUAGAGUCCGAUGGGAGGACCGUGUGCCAAGCCAACAUGCUAACAUCGAACAGGGAAAGGGUAAGGAUGACCUGCGUUCGUCUGACACUGUUUAUGCUUAUAUUCACAAUCCUUCGGAUUACAAUGUCCCCGGUCCCACUCCUAAGCUGAAGAAGAAGGCAGGAGUCGAGGACUUGCGCCAGGCUGGUUUGCGUGGUGAUUGA